CCCUGCCCCCCAGUGUCCCUGCAGCAUGGAGCGCUCCGGCAGCAUCCAGCUGGACAUCCCGGACUUCAGUAACUCGGUUCUGACCCACUUGAACCAGCUGCGUGUGCAGGGCCGUCUCUGUGACAUCGUGGUCAACGUUCAGGGCCAGAGCUUCCGCGCACACAAGGUGGUCCUCGCUGCCAGCUCGCCGUACUUCCGGGACCACAUGUCUUUGAGCCAGAUGAGCACCGUGUCGCUGACGGUGAUCAGGAACCCGUCGGUGUUCGAGCAACUGCUGUCCUUCUGCUACACCGGCCGCCUCUGCCUGCAGCUGGCCGACAUCAUCAGCUACCUGACAGCCGCCAGUUUCCUGCAGAUGCAGCACAUCAUCGACCGUUGCACUCAGAUCCUGGAGGGCAUCCACCUGAAGAUCAGCCUGGCUGAUCUGGAUGAGGAGUCCAGGGAGGAGGAGGCGCGGGGCUCCAGGAGCAGCAGGACCCUAGAGGCGGUGUUCCGAGGAGCGGGCCAUCACGGCGGCCUGCGGCUUCUCGGCCCACGGGGAGGCGCGGAGGCCUGCGAGGCGGUGAGCCCCAUUGAGGGGCCCAUCAGUCCGCCGCCAACUGUGGAGCACAGUGGGCUGGAGGGGCCCGGGGCCGCCACCACUGGCCGAGCAGGCAAAGAACCGAUCCUUCGCAUCAACCGGGCCGGUCAGUGGUACGUGGAGACGAGCAGCGAGCCGGAGCGAACCGGCAGCGCUGAGGAGGGCGGCGGCAUGGAUGGAGUCAGGAUCAAGACGGAGAGGAUGGAGGAGUGGAUCGGAGCAGGAGAGCACCAAGAGGAGGGGGGGCCGGUGGAGGAGGGGGCCACUGUGAUGAUCGACACAUCGGGACGCAGCACGUUGGUGACAGGGGCGGUGGGAGCACUGGGGGCCCGGAGCAUCCAACCGUCUUCCAGCUUCAGUGAGACAGACAGGUUCAGUCCCACCGGCAGCGUGGUCGUCCUGGCCGAGCGCCAGAGAGCGAAGAGCGAGUCUCCCAACAGGCCGCAUGAACUGCGACAGCCGAGCUCCCAGGGGGAAGAACAUGCUGCAUUUGAUAUGGGCGGCUACGAGGACUACCUAAGGGAGCAGGUAGGAGACCGAUGGUUCCGCUACAAUCCCCGGCUCACCUGCAUCUACUGCUGCAAGUCCUUCAACCAGAAAGGCAGCCUGGACCGCCACAUGCGCCUGCACAUGGGCAUCACGCCGUUCGUCUGCCGCAUCUGCGGGAAGAAGUACACCCGCAAAGAUCAGCUGGAGUACCACAUCCGCAAGCACACCGGAAACAAGCCCUUCCACUGCCACGUCUGCGGCAAGAGCUUCCCCUUCCAGGCCAUCCUCAAUCAGCACUUCCGCAAGAACCACCCGGGCUGUGCCCCCCAAGAGGCCCACAGCGCUUCCCCCGAAACCACCACCGCCUCUGUCACGUCCAGGGGGGGGCCGAGCGACGAGGCCUCCCCCAGCCAGGAGGAGCCGGAGGGCGGGGGCAGUGGUGGUGGGAGCAGCGGUGGUGGAGGCCAGUAUGGCGAGGGUCCCCAGGCCUCGGUCUCCACCACAGGGCCCGACUGACCCCGAGAGGUGGAGGGGUGUGGGGUCGAGGUCGGGGUGGGGGGAGACAGACGUGGGGGUCUGGUUUGAUCCCAGUGUACCUGCAGACAACAGGAACCCGCUGACGUCAAAGCAGCGACAGACAGAACUCUCAGAGUCCGGACUGAGAUUUUUCUGCUUUAAACCGCAUCUACCUUCACUAACCAAACCGAACAGAUUAAGCUAAAAUGAAGAAAUGCCACACAGUCCAACAACCUCAUACACCACACACCGUGGUUCUCGUUUGCCUCCGUCUAGUUUGUUCUGUUACAGAUUUCUAAUUUUAUAUUUACAAGUAUUACAGGUUCACAACACAGCAUCACAACAGUCUGUCUGGUGGAAACUUUGCCAAACUUCUCAGUGCCAGUUCAACACUUCAAAUCCUUCAUAUUUGCCUUGAGACAAUCUGGAGCAGUCGGGUUCAUCAUAAUAAUCCUGCAAGUUCUUCAAGUGCCACAAUGGCCAAAAAGAUUUAGUUGUACAAAAAGAUUAAAUGAGAAAACGAUGUUCAGCUCCAGUGUGAUCAGAGUUUCUAUAAAACUUCAUGUUGUGCGACACUUGUACAAUACAUACCUUAUCAAGACAGCUGUUCUCACAUCCUCUACACCGCACCUCACUCCUGACACAAGAGCUUUUUCUUUUCCCCUUUUACUAAGCGGUUCAGUUUGUAAAACUUAACAGCACAGCAUUUAAAUACAUCACUGAUUAAUCUUCAGGUUAGUUUCUUGGUUAAUUCAUUUGUGUUUUCAUCUAUAAAAAAACACAUUCAGACUGAUUGUUCCGUUUACAUCAAGAAACAGUGAAUCCUCAGUUUAGAGGCUGCGACUAGAAGAUGUUUGAAAAGGACUUCCAGAUUCUAUCUCUGGAUAAACCGAUUGAUGGUUAAACAUUUUCGGUUUUUAAUAUUGUUUGUCAUUUACUUUGUCCUGGAUUCAUUCUGGUCCAGAAAACAUAGUCACACAGGUCUGAACGUUUGAACCAACAACUGGAUCACCAACACGUCAUGAACGAGUGACGAGACCUAGAUAGAUGGAUGGAUAGAUACUUUAUUUAUCCCCUAGGGGAAAUUCAUGACCUGGUCAUCAACAAGUGAGAAAUAAAUUGAAAUAGACAGAAUUCCUGUCAGUUUUAAUAAGUAUCAGGCUGCAGGGACAGUCUGGUUCUGGUUCUGGUUCCAAUGAACCGAAGCUUAAAAUAUUCCAUAAAAAAGAAACACACCAUCAGUUGGGAAAUAUAAAGUUCAGCUGAUGUAUUAAAUACAAAACAAACUGAGAUUUCACUUUUUGGAAAGAUAUCUUAUAUUGAAAAACAUUUAAAAUCUGCAUUAAAUGGUCUAAACAUAAGGUCCACUUACCCAGAGCUUUCGUCUGUAUCUCACAGCCUUCAUCAGAGAAUGGAAUUUGCUCAGGUCUCACAUGACCUAAGUCGGACAUAUGAUUAAUGGUCGCACCUGGAGGGACCUUGCAACCAGUCCAUGUUCUAGAGCUGUUCAACAAACCCCUGAAGAAGACCAUGAGAUGCAUUAGAAAGCUCCAGAUAGUGAUAAAGACGUGUCCCCAGGUGCUUCAUGCAGGAGAGACAGUUAAAAGCUGAACUCUGAUCACACUGGAUGAACUGAUUAAUCUGGCGGUAAAUUGUGUCUAAAUUCUUCAGAUUGGAGUCGAGACAGUUGGACUCAGUUUUAAGGAUCUGGUAUCGAACCAUCUGGCAGCCUGUUGACUGAACAGACUCACAGCAGGAAACAACUGGACGGCGUCCAGCCUCAGAUAAGCUACACAGCUCAGUUACCUCUCAUCACUACGCAAUAUAGCUGCUGCACUGCAUAGCACAGCACCACCGGGGGGCGCUCUGAUCCACUAACAGAGAUCUCCGUCAGUCUUCUCAGAUAUUUUUAUAAACAAGCAUGUCUUUAUUGUUUUCUUGUUUUUUUUCUUGGACACUUUUUUGCUCUGACAAUGUGUGAGACAGAAGAUGAGCUUUGAGGUCGAGGAGACGUGUCGAGACUUGAUCACUGACUUCUGUCGCAGUUAAUGACGCAUUGAACCUGCUGCACGUCACUCCAGACCUGGUCCAGUUGCAGAGAAAACCACAGGUCUAAAACAGAGGCUUCAGAUAAGAACUGCACCUAAUGAUUAUUGUCAUUAUUGAUUAAUCCGCAGAUUAUUUUCUGAUUCAUCGAUUUGUUUAUAAAGUAUCAGAUCCUCAUAUUUAAAUCAAAAAAUUAAUAAAACAAUUGUAAGAUUAUCAAAACAGAUGUCGAUUUAAUUUUCAAUUAAUCAACUAAUGAUUGAUUGAUAGAUAAUUGAUACUUCUUUACCUCCAGUCCAGUCAGGUAGAACACACAGAAAAAGAUAACUCUGCCAUUGUCAAAACUGAGGCGUGUUAUGCUAACAUUAGCUUGCUAACAGUUUUUGCUGACUCGUCACGGACAAAAAACUGCUUCCCCACACCAUAGUAUCUCCACUGCUAAUGGAGCUAACAUCUGGGAGCUAUUUAGCUUUUAGCUGAUGUUGACUAUUUAACAUUAGUGAGUUUUAGUUUCCUGAGUCACACUAAAUCAACAUUAGCUCACAAGCUAACACAGGUUUUGUCUUUUACUCAUUGAGUAAAAAUUGUAUUCAAUUCAUUAAACACCACAGACCUGCUGCUUUGACUCUUAGCUGACUUUAGUCGACUGAAAUUUAACAGUUGAAAACAGUAAAAACAGUAAAAACUUAAAAGCUUAACUAAAUCUUAAGUAAACUCUGUUUAUAGUAGAGUUAUGUAGAUGCGGAUUUUUAAGUUUUAUUUUUAAUCCAUGUUUCCUGUUUUCAGAUGGAGAUCUGUUUGAAGUCCAAUACUGAGAAAGGCCCAGGACAUGUUUUGCCAAUCUUAGCACAAAGACUGGAAGCAGGGGAAACUGUUAGCCUAGCUACAAGAAAUGAGAACACACCCAAUAUUUUCAGUGACAAUAUGUUCAAUUUAGCUCUCUGGCUAAUGUUAGCUUGCGAGCUAACAGACAGUUAGCUUUUCCAAUAAGGAUGCAAUUUUCAUAUAAUGAUGUUUAACAUUGUUUUUUUGUAUUCAA